CUUCAGAUCCACAGUUGUCUAUAAUUAUCCUAAACGUGUCGACUACACUUCCGCUCUUCAAGAGUAUUCGAAUCUCAGAUCAUGGCUAUUUCUCAGGACCACAUACCGCCUAUACCUCCGUCAGCUGCCGCCCUCGCAUUCGCUGCCGCCCUUGUUGCCGGUAUCACAGGCUAUUUCCUGGGUCAAGCUUCUUCAAUAGGCAUAUUCGGCGGCUCGAAGAAUGGUGCAAGGGAAUUAAAGAGUCACACAUCUGAUAGCUCCGGCGAUGAGGAUUAUGAAAAACUCCGCAAUGAAUGGAAGACGAGUGACGAGGACCAAGAGAUCAAGGAUUUCGCUGCCAAUGAGGAAUGCAAGCUUGUGCUAGUGGUACGGACAGACUUGGGCAUGACAAAAGGCAAGAUUGCAGCUCAGUGUGGACAUGCGACCCUCGCCUGCUACAAGCACUUCCUACGAAAGUCUCCAAACUCGACAAUGCUUAAGCGCUGGGAACGAUAUGGUCAGAUGAAGGUGGCCCUACAAGUUAAGAGCGAGGAGGAUAUGGAAAUGUUGCAGGCGCAGGCAACCAGCUUAGGACUAUGUGCGCAGGUCAUACAUGAUGCAGGACGAACACAAAUAGCUAGCGGGAGUGCGACCGUGCUUGGUAUAGGGCCAGGACCGAAGAGUGUGAUAGAUCAAGUCACUGGUCACCUGAAGUUAUUGUGAUAUAGAUUUACAAAUAUAAUGACAUGACGCCAUGAAGU